AUGGUGAAUAGAUUUAAUGAGUUGUAUUUACAACUCAAGUCUCGUUACAGAAGCGGUUGGUCAAAUGACCAGUACAUCUUAGAAGGGAAUGCACCACAGUGCAACUUUAUUGUGAAUGGGAAUGAGUACACGCAAGGAUACUAUCUUGCAGAUGGCAUCUACACAGAAUGGUCAACACUAGUAAAGAGUUUCGUUUAUCCUGCAAACAAUAAUCUUAAAAUGCAAUACUUUAAGCGACGACAGGAGUCUUGUAGAAAAGAUGUUGAAAGAGCAUUUGGUGUCAUCCAAGCAAGAUGGGCAAUGAUACGAGGCCCUGGAAGAUCUACAAGCAUACCAGUGCUAGGUGAUAUAAUGCAUGCAUGUAUCAUUCUACAUAAUAUGAUUGUAGAAGAUGAACGUCAUACGAUAACUGAUUGGUCCCGUGAAGAAGAUGAGCCUGAGCCAUCAAGUUAUAAUGGAGGUGCACCCACCGAGUUCGAGCACUAUCUGCAGAGGUUUAGAUCCUUACGAAGCAAAGAUACUCACAUCGCACUACGCAACGAUCUAAUGGAACAUCUCUGGAAUCUUAAGCAAGCUAAUUAA